CUGAAUUACAAGAUGGCGAGAACCAGCCACAGCAACUAUGUCCUUCAGCAGCUGAACAACCAAAGAGAGUGGGGCUUUCUCUGUGACUGUUGCAUUGCUAUCGAUGAUAUUUAUUUUCAAGCACACAAAGCAGUCCUUGCUGCAUGCAGCUCCUAUUUUAGGAUGUUUUUUAUGAACCAUCAACACACUACAGCCCAGCUGAAUCUAAGCAACAUGAAGAUUAGUGCUGAAUGCUUUGAUCUUAUUUUACAGUUCAUGUAUUUAGGAAAAAUCAUGACAGCCCCUGCCAAUUUUGAGCAAUUUAAAGUGGCCAUGAACUAUUUACAGCUGUAUAAUGUCCCUGAAUGUCUAGAAGAUAUACAGGAUACAGACUCAUCUAGCUUAAAAUGUUCGUCUUCUGCUUCUAGCACCCAGAGUAAUAAAAUGAUAUUUGGUGUAAGAAUGUAUGAAGAUGCGCUUGCUAGAAAUGGCAGUGAAACAAACAGGUGGGGCAUGGAGCCGCCAAGCUCAACAGUAAAUACUUCCCAUAACAAAGAGCCUGAUGAAGAAACUUUGCAGCUAAGCAGCUUCCCGGAACAACUGUUUGAUGUCUGUAAAAAAAGCAGCACGUCCAAGUUCUCUCACACAAAAGAGCGUGUGUCCCACUCACGCCGUUUUGGAAGAAGCUUCACCUGCGACAGUUGUGGGUUUAGUUUUAGCUGUGAAAAGCUACUGGAUGAGCACGUGCUAACGUGUACUAACAGGCAUUCCUACCAAAGUGCCAGGUACUACGGUGCUGAAAAAGUAGACUUCAGUGAAAAGGACUCUACUUCUAAAAUAAUCUCCACACAAACAGAAAAAUACAAGGGAGACUCAAGCCAAGCUAUGGGCGAUUCCUCAUCUCCUGUGUCAAACAUCACGAGCAGAAAAAGCAGCACAGUUGCCUCUGAGGCAUCAGGUGAAGAGGGAAGUAGAGCAUCUGAGAGGAAGAGGGUUGUCAUCAAGAUGGAACCAGAGGACAAUCCUGUAGAUGAGCUGAAGGAUUUUAAUAUUAUUAAGGUGACAGAUAAAGACUGCAAUGAGUCUUCUGACAAUGACGACCUAGAUGAUGAACAGGAAGAGCCACUUUACAGAUACUAUGUUGAGGAAGAGAUGAGAGAGAAGAGAAGUGCUCGGAAGACUUUAAAACCCCGUUUAUCCAUGGAUGAGGAUGAAAGAAAGUGUUUGAAAAGUCCACGGCACCUUAACAGGAAGGCUCCUUCAGUGCAGGAGGAUGUGGAGAAUGCUCCCUGUGAACUUUGUGGGCUAACGAUCACUGAGGAAGAUUUGUCCUCUCAUUAUUUAUCCAAACACAUAGAAAAUAUAUGUGCCUGUGGCAAGUGCGGUCAAAUACUGGUCAAAGGCAAGCAGUUACAGGAUCAUGCACAGACCUGUGGAGAACCCCAGGAUCUGACCAUGAAUGGUAUCAGAAAUUCUGAGGAGAAAAUGGACUUAGAAGAAAACCCUGAGGAGCAGUCGGAAAUAAGGGACAUGAUGUUUGCCGAGAUGCUAGAGGACUUCAGAGAUGGUCACUUCCAAAUGAAUAGCCUUCAAAAAAAACAGUUAUACAAGCAUUCUGCCUGUCCUUUCCGAUGCCCUAAUUGCGGUCAACGUUUUGAAACUGAAAACCUAGUGGUUGAACAUAUGUCAAACUGCCUGGAGCAAGAUCUGUUCAAGAACUCCAUGAUGGAAGAGAACGAGAGGGAUCACAGACGUAAGCAUUUCUGCAAUCUUUGUGGGAAAGGCUUUUAUCAGCGUUGCCACUUGCGGGAACACUAUACUGUUCAUACCAAGGAAAAACAGUUUGUUUGUCAGACAUGUGGGAAGCAGUUCUUAAGAGAGCGCCAGUUGCGGCUCCACAAUGAUAUGCACAAAGGCAUGGCCAGGUAUGUCUGUUCCAUUUGUGAUCAAGGAAACUUCCGAAAACAUGACCAUGUACGGCAUAUGAUAUCUCACUUAUCAGCUGGAGAGACUAUAUGCCAGGUCUGCUUUCAGAUAUUCCCAAAUAAUGAGCAACUGGAGCAGCACAUGGAUAUUCAUCUGUAUACAUGUGGAGUAUGUGGAGCAAAAUUUAAUUUGAGGAAAGAUAUGAGAUCUCACUAUAAUGCCAAGCAUUUGAAAAGAACCUAAGCAUAAACAUACUGGUAAAACAUUAAGUUGGCAGCAGAGAGA